CGCUUUUUUACUAGCGUAAUUUUUGCGAUGAUAAAUGCAUCUAUUGUAUUGUAUAUGUGUCAACGUUUUUUCCGAGUGAUGAGAGCGCAUUAUCAGAUUAUGGCUGAAGCUGAGAGAUUUAACUCAAUUAUUUCUGAGUCACGUGCAAGUCUCAAUUACAUCAGCUCGAAGAUAUCUGAAGGAAUGGAUCAGAUGAAAGAAGAUAUUGCCAAAGAGUUAUUCAUCACCGAUCAUUUAACGAAACUUAGUUCGAGACUAGUAAGAAUGAAUCAUAAUAUGAAGAGCGUUCAGAUUGAAACCCCAGUUGACAUUAAUGAGGAAGUCAAGUGCAUUCUUACGGCGGUAAAAAAAAAACAAACGCAGCAGCAAGAACAGUCAGACCAUCCCCGAACACCGACGAAAUUGAGGACAUCGAUAAACACUUCUACAGGAGUGAAGGAUUCUCAGCCGCAUAAUUUCAUUACGAGUUCAAAGUUCCUUACAUCACAAUCAUACGAUACUGAUAUCUCAAAUGUAAUGUUUGAAAGGCAAGAAAGACGUACAUCUGCAUGUCCGGAAGUUCAAUUAUUGAACGACCCAAGACCAGCAAUUAAUGUAAAAACCAUUGGCUUUCGACCAUCCUGGAAAUGCGAGAUUUAA